AUGGCCUUCAGCCCCAGCCUACCUCAAGUUCCAGACUCCGCAGAAGAAAGACAACAACCCUCAGAAUCAGAACACUUAGGAAAGGAUAUGCAGUUUGGAUCGAGGCCAGAACGUCACAAUAUUUGGAAAAGGCUUGCAAGGGUGUUUUCACGGAGAGAAGAAGGUCCAGGAGCCCGGCGAUUACUGCUUUCGCUUCUGCUCCUCACAGUCUGGGAGACUGGGAGCGGCCAGGUUCAUUACUCAGUCCUGGAGGAGGCCAAACACGGCACCUUCGUGGGUCGCAUCGCCCAGGAUUUGGGGCUGGAGCUGGCGGAGCUGGUGCCACGCCUGUUCCGGGUGGCGUCCAAAGGCCACGGGGACCUUCUAGAGGUAAAUCUGCAGAAUGGCAUUUUGUUUGUGAAUUCUCGGAUCGAUCGGGAGGAGCUGUGCGGGCGGAGCGCGGAGUGCAGCAUCCACCUGGAGGUGAUCGUGGACAGGCCGCUGCAGGUUUUCCAUGUGGAGGUGGAGGUGAAAGACAUUAACGACAACCAGCCGGUUUUCCCGGUGGCAUUAAAAAAAUUAUUUAUUUAUGAAUCCCGGCCGCCUGGUUCUCGGAUUCCGCUAGAGGGCGCGUCAGAUGCAGAUAUUGGAGCCAAUUCUCUGUUGACCUACAGUCUUAACUCUAACGAUUAUUUUACCUUGGAUAUUAAAAGAAAUGAUGAUAAUAUUAAAUCCCUUGGACUCGUGUUGAGAAAAGUUUUAGAUCGCGAGGACAUUCCUGAACAUCACUUACUAGUAACGGCAGUUGAUGGUGGGAAACCAGAGCUCACCGGAACUACUCAAGUGAAGAUCACCCUUCUAGAUGUAAACGACAACGCCCCAGAGUUUGAGAGGACUGUCUACAGAGUCAGUUUAUUCGAAAAUGCACCAAACGGUACCCUAGCAGUGAUUGUUAACGCCUCUGAUUUGGAUGAAGGAGUAAAUAAGGACAUUGUAUAUUCUUUCAAUACAGACAUGUCAGCAGAUACUCUUUUGAAAUUCCACUUAGACCCAGUUAGUGGAUACAUCAGUAUAAAAGGUAAUAUAGAUUUCGAGGAGACUAAGUUAUAUGAAAUCCAGGUAGACGCGACAGAUAAAGGAACUCCCCCAAUGACAGGUCACUGCACGGUUCUGGUGGAAAUUUUGGACACCAAUGAUAAUGUACCUGACUUGGUUAUCAAAUCAUUAUCAUUACCUGUAUUAGAAGAUGCUCCCCUCGGCACGGUCAUUGCCCUAAUCAGUGUGUCUGACCGCGACUCUGGUGCCAAUGGGCAGUUGACCUGCACCCU